UUCGCCCCGCCCCGAAGGAGGAGCCGAGGCCGCUUUUCUGCCGUCGCUUGGGACCGUGUGGGCUGCGUUUGGGGGCCUCGUUGCUUCGUACAUGCAGGGCAGUACAAGAAGAAUGGGCAUCAUGACUGAUGUCCACCGGCGAUUCCUCCAGUUGCUGAUGACUCACGGAGUGCUGGAGGAGCGGGAUGUUAAGCGCCUGCAGAAGCAUUGCUAUAAGGUCCAUGACUGCAAUGCUACUGUGGAGAAGUUGGAGGACUUCAUCAACAACAUUAACAGUGUCCUGGAGUCCUUGUAUAUUGAGAUAAAGAAAGGGGUCACAGAAGAUGACGGGAGACCCAUCUAUGCCCUGGUGAAUCUUGCAACAACUUCAGUUUCCAAAAUGGCCUCAGAUUUUGCGGAGAAUGAACUGGAUCUGUUUAGAAAAGCUUUGGAACUGAUUAUUGACUCAGAAACUGGCUUUGCAUCUUCCACAAAUAUUUUGAACCUGGUUGAUCAACUUAAAGGCAAGAAGAUGAGGAAGAAGGAGGCUGAGCAAGUGCUGCAGAAGUUUGUACAACACAAAUGGCUGAUUGAGAAGGAAGGGGAGUUCACCCUGCACAGCCGGGCCAUCCUGGAGAUGGAGCAGUACAUCCGGGAGACGUACCCCGACGCCAUGAAGGUCUGCAACAUCUGCCACAGCCUCCUCAUCCAGGGUCAAAGCUGCGACACCUGUGGGAUCAGGAUGCACUUACCUUGCGUGGCCAAGUAUUUCCAGUCGAAUUCUGAACCACGCUGCCCCCACUGUAAUGACUACUGGCCCCAUGAAAUACCAGAAGUCUUCGACCCUGACAAGGAGAGGGAGGCUGGCAUCUCCAAAUCGAACAAAAAGUCCUUGCGGUCCCGGCAGCACUAGCUGGCCCGCGCUGUGCAGGGCCACUGCUUUCGGGGGACGACUGCUGCAGCCCUGUCGGGAAGAGCGGCGUCCGUGUUCCAGGUGCCCGUGACGCUCCGUUGUGCACUGUGUCCACUUACCGACAGGUGUAGAAUAAAGCUCACCAAGGA